GAGUCGACAGUCGUAAUAUUGCGCCCAACUUGCCCCACUCGUACUGCAGUGGGUAUAUACACUCGCGAAAGUGCCAUUUUUUGACAUAAAAUCAUGAGUGACAUUGGUUACAUGUCGAAUCCUCCGGAUUCCGGGCCACAGCAGAUGCAUUCGCCGAGCGACAGCAACAACUUUGGCUACAUGCACAACCCACCAGCUGCCGACAACGUCGGGUACAUGAACAACCCACCGCCGCCACAGCCGAUGUUCCCACCGAGCGACAACGUCGGGUACAUGAACAACCCACCACCGCCACAGCCGAUGUUCCCACCGAGCGACAACGUCGGGUACAUGAACAACCCACCACCGCCACAACCGGUGUUCAUCUCGCCCCCUCAGGAGAUGUACUCUCCACCACAGCCGGUCUUCUCAACGACUGAGACGCAUUUCACGACGGUCCACUCCGGUGGCACGGAGUACAUGAACCAUCCACCACAGUCCAACGAUUGUGAUUGCUGUGCAAUUAUUUAACGACAACAAAUUCACCCAAAAGUGCUGGAUACCGUAAAUCGUGCAAAACAAAAAAAUAUUUCAUCGGUUUGUUAAAUGUACAAAAGAAAAAAUAACCGUGGAUUCAAAUUUACUCUAGUACAUGUAUUUCCGUUUGGUUUUUUUUCGCAUCCCACAUAUUUUGUGCUUGUAUAACGUACUUAAAUACCUACGUUUGCUGUGUGUAUGUACAGUUGCUGUAUCAUGUAAAUUAUAUGUGCCGCGCAAUCAUUAAAAUUAAUUUUAAACAAA